CUCCUGCUUCUCUCACGCGAGCUCAUCGUCGUCAGCUCCGGGGCGUGUGCCAGAUCAGAGGCGGAGGAGGGGACAGCUCCCAGGUGCUGAAACUGCUCUGCGCUCCAAAAGACAGAGACAGACAGACAGACAGAGAGUGAGGGAGAGGGAGAGAGAGAGAGUGUGUGCGUGUGUGUGAGAGAGAGAGCGAGGGCGAAGAUCACCGACAAAUAUAAAAACCGUACUCUGCGAAUCAGGGGCAGAUACAGAUAGAGAGCCGAGGCCUUCAAAACAGAUGGCUGCUACUCAGGAUGUGAAAGGGAAGGGAGAGGGAGGGGACCAAAACUUCGACUACAUGUUCAAGUUGCUGAUCAUCGGCAACAGCAGCGUGGGUAAAACGUCUUUCCUGUUCCGAUACGCCGACGACGCCUUCACCUCAGCCUUUGUCAGCACAGUGGGCAUCGACUUCAAAGUGAAGACCGUGUACAAGAAUGACAAGAGGAUCAAACUACAGAUCUGGGACACAGCAGGCCAGGAGCGAUACAGGACCAUCACCACUGCCUACUACCGUGGAGCCAUGGGCUUCAUCCUAAUGUAUGACAUCACCAAUGAGGAGUCCUUUGGUGCCGUGCAGGACUGGUCAACCCAGAUAAAGACCUACUCGUGGGACAACGCACAGGUGGUGCUGGCUGGAAAUAAGUGUGACAUGGAAGAGGAGAGAGUGGUCUCAGUGGAUAGUGGCAGACUGCUGGCAGAGCAACUGGGUUUUGAGUUCUUCGAGACGAGCGCCAAGGACAACGUCAACGUGAAGCAGACCUUUGAACGUCUCGUCGACCUAAUUUGUGACAAGAUGUCCGAGAGCUUGGACACUGAUCCGGCUGUCACCACGGGAGCCCCCACUGCCAAACUCACAGACACUGCUCCGCCCCUUCAGCAGCCUGGAUGCAACUGUUAGUAACUAAUGUCAGGAAGCCAAGUGAGGGUAGCACAGGCCCCUAGUAAGUGUGCUGAGUUUUGUUCUCCCUCAGCAUUAUUAACCCUGCUAGUGCUGCUUUCUCCGGACGACACUUCAGAACCUCUUUAGCUGUAGAAUUACAAAAAAAACAAUGCUGUUGUAUUAUCACUCAACUUUAUCACCUUAUAUCAAGAGCAAAUAACCAGACAGACAUGGCAAAUGUGUAAUAUUACAGGAUAUUUACAAUUUAGAAUCACCAAUGUCCUUUUUUUGGCUUAGUUAGUAUGGUUUAAAACCAUGUAUGUUUGAUAAGGCUGUAUGUAGUUCACAGUCAUUCUGUACAGUAACCACCUUUAAGACCUAAACAUAGCUAUAACAUGAGGGAUAGAAUCAAUGAGUGCUUUAAUAAUUCUUUUAUGUCUAUUUUUUGUACUCCCUCCCCCCUUUAUAGGUUUUAGUUUCUCCUAAAGCUGCCAAAUCAGUGAUUUAGUGCACUAUAGGAUGUAGCCGAUUUGUUUUGUGUAAUGGGUGUGUGUGUGGUCUUGUGAGUGUGCAUGAGUGUGAGUAUCGUGUUUGAGUCACAGAAUAGUGAAACUUUGCCAUCUUAAAAAAAAGAAAACAAACAUCUACCAUGGAUGAAAAGUGGCCUUUUAGCAUCUCCAACUCGGCCUCCGUAAAUCCCUCCGUUGUUAACUUUUUAGGAAUAAUUCCAGUAUGUUUAAUGUUGAUGUAAGUACUAGUCCAUGUUUUGCUGUCUGUAGACGUGUGAAAUCUCUGGUAAGUAAGACGACUCUUUCUAUGUGCUUAGCCUUUCACAUGACCUCGUUUAGUUUAAUGCGAUGAGCAUGCUGCCCACAACAACAACAACAAAAGUCAGUCAUAUUAUUGCUGUUUUAGCUAAAGAUCGGCCUAACCCAAACCUAACAUCCCCAUCUCCAAAUGACAGCAAGGAUCCAACAUUUCACUGAAUAAAUAAGACAUAGUACAGCAUUUGACAUAUAAAUCAUAAAUCAGCUUUGGCAUGGAAUAAACAGCCAUAUAUUUAAAAAAAACAAACAAAAACAUUUUCUGAGUCCUCGGCAUGCUUAAAUUUCACCUUUUUGUUAUAAAACUAAGUCCUAGCCGAAAGAAAGUUCUGAAGCUGCUUAGGAAACAUCAUAAUUACGACAUAUAGUAGUUUAAGGCAGGUAUAUAAAGAACUCUUGAUGUCUCAAUAACAUAAGUUCAUAUAGUAAAAUAAAAUAAAAAAAAUCUUAUUCGGAAAAAUCCAGAAAGCCUUUCAGUUCUGCAGUGAAUAAUAAUAAUAAUAAUAAUAAAAAAGAUUAGUGCCAAAACACUACGGUUCCUUUAGCGUCGUCAUCAAUUGUUGCAUAAUUGAUGAUCAGCUCCAAAAAACAAAAAAAAAAUGCAUGAAGCCAGUCCUGACUUAUGUACUGUAUGUAGAUUUAUAUAAUAAGAUAGUGUAAAUAUAUAUCACUCUAUGUUACAGAUUUUAGGAGCAUUUUUCACAGCACUCGCUGUGAAAUGCAAUGGGCCAAUAAGUGCAAUAUUUUAUGAAUUAAAACCCUGUACAUAAAUUCCUCCUGUCCUUGGGUACAGCGACUCUGUCUGCAGUGUGUGAGUGACAGUUUGGUCAGAAUGGCUCUGAAAGUGAUGUCAAAUCUCUGAAGAGGGUGCGUGUGUGUGUGUAUACUUGGAUUUAUAUCUUUGCAAGGACCUUUUUGAUCAUGGGAUUAGGGUUAAACACUUAGCUGUGAUGGUUAAGGUUAAGGUAAGGGGCUAUUGUCCUCACUAAGAUAUAAAAACAAGUUUGUGUGCAUGUGUGUGCGUGUGUGCCUGCCACAUGGAAAGAGAGACAAAUUACGUAAUAUAAUUGUAUUGUUUGUGUAUACCUUUUGUACAAAUGCAUUCACAUAGGGAAAUGCUGUUCCUGCUAAGUGUUGCGUGUAUCGGUUGAACUCGUAUUAUCAUGUCAAAAUGCAGUGUUGUUGUGAAAGGUAGUCAAAAGAAGAUAAACUCAUGUAAUACUCAUACUCAUGUAAUCCAAGAAAAAGAAAAAGAAGGGGGAAACACAUACAUACAUACAGACCACUAGAUCAGAGAUCCUGUGCACGAAGCACACCUGUGUAUGUGUGUGAUAUUAUCAUUUUGUGCUAACAGCCAUGAAAUAAAUCAUUGUAAUGAUCUGAAGUCAAGAUGCGUUUAAUAAAAGAAUAAUUAACUGGUCAGAAUCUUA